AUGUCACGAGCAGAGAACUUUCCGGAAAAUAUCAAAAAGUUCAUUGUCAAAAGCGCACCGCCUACGAUGAUUUACAUUCCGAACUGGAUCGACGAAGACGAGGAAAAGUGAGAAUGCGCUGACGGGUUCCUUCAUAAACGUCUCCGAUCCUUUUCAGACUUUACAAAUCGUGCAUCGAAAAUGCACCGCAGCCAAAGUGGCGAGUACUUGCAAAUCGACGGCUCCAAAAUUACGGGGGCGUCGUCGGAAAGUCGGCUCUAAUUCCGGCAGACGAUUUUCCCGUCGAACUGAAGUAUCUGAUGACGAAGAUCAACGAUUUGGGAAUCUUCGAGAAGCCAGUCAACCACGUGCUCGUCAAUGAAUAUCUGCCCGGACAGGGCAUCAUGCCGCACACGGACGGCCCCGCUUUCCAUCGAAUCGUCACAACUCUCACGAUCGGAUCGCAUUGCCUCCUCGACAUGUACGAACCGGUGGAUCCACAGGUAGCUCAGAAAAGAGGCGUUUAUUUACACAUGAGAGUCUACCCAUAA